AAUAAACGCGUUAGACGAUUUUUACACAUUGUUUACUUCGGCUGUGCAAACAAAAUAAAAACAAUGUCACUGGUCGCGGAUUAUAGCGAUUCCUCUGAAUCCGAUGAGGAAACCAGCAGUCAAUCUUCCGAAGGCGAGGAUACCAAUAUUGCUUCGUCGGAGAAGGAGAAGCCUCCUCCUAAGUUGCCCAGUGCCAGUCAAGUUCUUUCCAAAGGAGCGGGCAAGGGUGAUGUGUUUAGCAAUCCAUUCCUGGAAGCGGAACUGAAUAAAACAGCCUCUUUAGAGCGGCAUGUCAAAAUGGUUGAUAACGAUGCGCAUCUGCAGCUAAAGAACGGUCGCAAGAUUUGCUGGAAUUUUCGAAGAGGACGAUGUCGGUUUGGAACCAGCUGUCAGUACGCUCACGACUCCGACCUUUCGGUGGAUGAAGCUGCAGAGAAGAGUUCAUUACCAGAUCAACCAGUAGAACCUACAGUCUUUGAGGCCGCGCCAGGGCAUUCCAACAGGCGCAAGCGGCCAGGACUUGGAGAUGCCCUAGAGCCGGGCAAGCGGGUCAUGAAGUCCUACAAGCAGCAUAACCCACAGAAUCCAUUUGCCCACCGUUAA